GCAGUAGCAGCCAAAGCCCAAAGAUGAAGUGUGUACUCCUGAUUGUCCUCCUAUCGAUUGCCCUGUGCAUGGCAGCGCCCGCCGACAAUGUGCAGAUCGUCAAGCUGGAAUCGCAGGUCCUGGCCGAUGGCUACAACUAUGCCUAUGAGACGAGCGAUGGCAGCAAGCAGGAGCAGCAGGCCACACUCAAGAAGCUGGGACCCGAAGAGGAUGCCCUUCAGGUGACCGGCUCCUACACUUAUGUGGGAGACGAUGGUCAGACCUACACCGUGACCUAUACCGCCAACGAGAAUGGAUUCCAGCCCCAGGGCGCACACAUUCCCCAUGUCUAAGCUCUGGCCUUUUGGCUUAUUUUUAGUCUGUUUGUUGUAAAUAAAUGUAGAAGGAAGUUUUGUUUCGAUAA